AUGAUCCGUGAAGGAACCUGGGCUCGCCAUGUCCAACUGAAGAAUAUGGCUCGAGCAAGAAUGCCCGGCGCAAAUGGACCAUAUCAACAGAGGGUAAAAGACUACGAUGACCAGGAAUACCUUGGGAACAUCACAAUUGGAACACCUGAGCAAGAAUUCAGGGUGGUGCUUGACACUGGAUCAGCCAAUCUAUGGGUUCCCGACGUGUCAUGCGGUAGAGGUGGUGGUGGCGGCGGUGGUAAUUGCGAAGCGUUCGAGUGUAUAAUACAACGAUUCCUUGGCAGAGACACAGUUCGAUUCGGCUCCCCUGGCACGGAUCAGCUGGUAGUCCCAAGAUGCACUUUCGGGCAAGCGACAAAGCUUGCACCCUUCUUUGCUGGGCAACCAAUUGACGGUAUCCUGGGCCUGGCAUUCAAGAGCAUCGCUGUCGAUGGGGUUACUCCACCAUUCAUUGAGGCAAUACAACAAGGUCUUGUUGACCAACCGGUGUUCACAGUCUUCAUGAAGCGCGUCGGCGAUCAGGUUAAUGUUGAUGGAGGCGUGUUCACUUAUGGUGGAAUCGACACCACCAACUGUGGCAGAAUCAUCGCAUGGGAGCCUCUUUCAUCUGCCACGUACUGGCAGUUCACGGUAAGCACUCGGGCAGAGUUGAAUGUAAAAAGUAGCAGCCCGGAUUGA